CCCGACACGGAAGUAGUCACGUGACUGAGUCCAGGCAGGUGAUUCACAACAAUCAGGUCCACAGUCACAUGAAGACGACAGCCAUACUCAGUGCCACUCUUCAUCAUGUCGUCGACAGGAGUACUCGUCUUUCUCGUUUCUACGUUAAUAGCAGGUACUAGUGCUACCACGUGCUAUGGAGCCUCUUCGAGUAUCAACUGUUUAUUUGGUUGCUGCUCUGAUGCUUACUUCGUCUACUGUUGCCUUAGCAACGGUGCUGGCAUCGGCAUCAUCAUUGGCGUGAUAGUCAUGGUCCUCUCCACCUGCGUCAUCUGUCUUCGGGUACGACGUCGUCGUGCACAGUACCAGAACAUCGCUGUAGGGCAAAAGGUAUACAACACCCCGGGAACGACAGUGACGCAAUGUCAAACGGCAUGUUCUCAGCCAAAUGCUUACGCUUAUGGACAACCAAACACAGGUUAUGGACAACCAAACCCUGGUUAUGGACCACCAAACACAGGAUAUGGACAACCAAACACAGGAUAUGAACAGCCAAAGACGACGUACGCGACAGCCCCGCCUCCAUACAACGGUUAACGAGCACUGGGUGGACGAACACUUUCUGUGAUAUUAGUUCAGUGUGAAACACGCUUUCGUUAUUUCUACACAGUUUAAAGACAACAUCCAAAAAUGAUUAAUUUUGUAAAGUGUGGUAGCAGGUGGUAAAGUCAAGAGGAUGUAAUGACGGCUUUUAAUAAUGAUAUGCUCGAUGGCAGAGAACAGGCAUACGGCAAUAUUAGGAAUUGGUGGAUAGAAUGAGGUGUUCAAACAGUAUUGAAUGAUUAAUAUUGUCGUAAGAUAAAAAUGCAUCCCCAAAACCAAUGCAUGACUCUGCAACUCGCCUGGUAAUGGGGUUUCAUUAAGUCAAGGAGUAAGGGUGCGAGUAAGUUACUCCUAUUUAUCCUAUAGACAAGGAUGAACGCAACACAAGGUUAUAUACUCACUUAACUACACCUCAGUCCAUCUAUCAGUACACACCAGGAUCAGAUCGGCCAGGCUCAUCAGUGAGUGGAGAACGCACUCCUCUCUAAUGUUGAGGGUAUCAUUUUAAAGUGUUCGAGUCUGGCCUGUCUUUGCCACAUGUCCUCAUAGAUCAUUUUGAUUCGUUAAGAAUGAUAUCAGACCAUGACCUUGUUUGUGUCGUGAUCAGAAAACUAUACCGGAUCCUACUAACAGAUCAAAGAUCUCCAUUGAUUAAAUGGCGACAAAGGCAGCGACGCAAUCCCUAAAUAUCCUGUAAAUGUUAUCUCUCUAUUGAUUUCCUGGCUGUUUGCGUCAACUCUUCCUCGUGUUAAAGCUAAAACCGUCAAUUUAAGGUUGACUUUGUGAAAAAAUUCUAAGGUUUUGCGAUGCAUGUUACCUUAUAACAAUAUUAUUUAUAUUCGAAUUCAUAUUAUAUAAGGUUGGAUGGGCAUGUCGCCUGACACACCGGAACUACAUAGUUGCGUCCCCUACUCUUGCAGGAUCCGCUGAAUGUAAGUUUGAAUUUCAUAAAUGAACAUAUUAUGA